GGAGGCAGGCCGGCAGGCAGACGGCCUCGCAGGCGGGUGGCGGCGGCCGCGCUGGCUGCUGAGGGCGGGAGCGAGUGAGUCACUGCGCGCGUGUGAGGGAGGGAAGGAGCGAGCGAGCGAGCAGCCCGCGCCCGCCGCCCUCCCGCAGCUCCCGCCAGGCCCCCCAGCCGCCGGCUGCCCUCCCGCCCAGCUCCCAGGCCGGGCCGAGCCGAGCCGGGUCGGGCCCGGGCCAUGCUGCUCACCGUGUACUGUGUGCGGAGGGACCUCUCCGAGGUGACCUUUUCCCUCCAGGUCGACGCCGACUUCGAGCUGCACAACUUCCGCGCGCUGUGCGAGCUCGAGUCCGGCAUCCCCGCCGCUGAGAGCCAGAUUGUCUACGCAGAGAGACCUCUCACCGACAACCACAGGUCGCUGGCGUCUUAUGGUUUAAAAGAUGGCGAUGUUGUGAUUCUACGACAGAAGGAGAAUGCAGACCCUCGCCCUGCAGUGCAGUUCUCAAACUUACCCCGGAUUGACUUCAGUAGCAUAGCUGUGCCUGGCACGUCAAACCCCCAACAGCGCCAGCCGCCCAGAACACAGGCUCAGCACUCAUCUCCUGGGGAAAUAGCAUCGUCUCCUCAAGGCUUAGACAACCCAGCCCUGCUGCGGGACAUGCUGCUGGCCAACCCGCACGAGUUGUCCUUGCUGAAGGAGCGGAACCCACCGUUGGCAGAAGCUCUGCUCAGUGGAGAUCUCGAGAAAUUCACUAGGGUCUUGGUGGAGCAGCAGCAGGAUCGAGCCCGGAGAGAACAAGAACGGAUUCGUCUGUUUUCUGCUGACCCCUUUGAUCUCGAGGCUCAGGCAAAGAUAGAAGAAGAUAUAAGGCAGCAGAACAUCGAGGAGAACAUGACAAUAGCUAUGGAGGAGGCCCCGGAGAGCUUCGGCCAGGUCGCCAUGCUCUACAUCAACUGCAGAGUGAACGGGCAUCCUGUGAAGGCCUUCGUCGACUCAGGGGCCCAGAUGACUAUCAUGAGCCAGGCCUGUGCAGAAAGGUGUAACAUAAUGAGACUGGUGGACCGUCGCUGGGCCGGCAUUGCGAAAGGAGUAGGCACCCAGAAGAUUAUUGGAAGGGUGCAUCUAGCUCAGGUUCAGAUUGAAGGCGAUUUUCUGGCAUGUUCUUUCUCGAUUCUGGAAGAACAGCCUAUGGACAUGCUUCUGGGUCUGGACAUGCUUAAACGGCAUCAGUGUUCUAUUGACUUGAAGAAAAAUGUUCUGGUGAUUGGCACCACGGGCUCACAGACCACCUUCCUUCCCGAGGGGGAGCUACCAGAGUGCGCUCGCUUGGCCUAUGGAACCGGGCGAGAGGACAUUCGCCCAGAGGAAAUCGCAGAUCGAGAAUUAGCAGAAGCCAUUCAAAAAUCAGCUGAGGAUGCAGAGAAAAGCAGUAAAGAAUCUACCUCACUGGAAAUGUCAUCAUUGUCGACUUCAGAUGGAUUCAACCAUCCCGCUCCUUCAGGGCAGAGUCCUGAGGUCGGCAGCCCGAGUCUCGCUCGCUCCGUUUCUGCUUCCGUCUGCGCCAUCAAGCCCAGUGACCCCAAUAGCACCGAAUCUCUAGCUAUGGAGGCUACAAAGGCUUCAGCUGAAUUCCAGACAAACUCUAAAAAAACAGACCCUCCUCCUCUGCAGGCUCUUCCUGGUCUUGUUCCCUCAGCAGAACAGAGUCUAGCUACGCCUUUGCAUAAUUCAUCAGAAGAAGCAUCUGUUACAGGGAAUCUGGAGACAUCUGCUGAAAAGAGAACCCAGGGCCUCAGAGUUUAUCUCCACACAAGACAGGGCGCUAGUUUAUCUCUCACAACUACUAGGAUGCAUGAGCCACAGAUAUUUGUGGAAGAAAAGAGUUGGCAUCCAGAAAAUCAGACCCCGAGUCAGGAGAACGGCCUUGAGCAGCACAGAGAAGCAGAGAGCGUGCAGUCUGAGGCUGGACCACAGAGUGUCCCAUGGGAGCAGGCGUGUCUCUGUGACACACAAGACCUUGGGCUUCGUGAACAAGUUGUCAGUUUGGACGCUGUGGUGAAAGGCGAGCUACACAGAGGCACUCAUCUUCCCCGUGCAGAGAAAGGCUGUCCAGCCUCAGGCCGCUACCGCUGCCCAUGCUCAGAAGCCCUGAUGGAAGUGGAUACAGCUGACCAGUCUCUGGUUGCUUUGUGCAGCUCAGCAGGCAGGCAGGAUGCCGUCAUCAAGAGCCCUGCUGUGCCACAUCUCGCUUCAGAUAAUCCCUCAAUGGAAGUGGAGGCACUGCAGUCUGAUCCCUCCUGUGAACGUGUGGAACAUUCCAUCUUGACUCGGGAUUUGCAGCACCCAGAAGAUAAUGUUGAAAUGUCUACAAUGGAUAACAAAGAUGACAGUUCCUCCUCCCCUUUAAGUGGCCAUGGUCAGCCCUCAAUGGAGUCAGCAGAAGAAUUUUGUUCAUCUGUCACAGUGGCCUUGAAAGAACUACAUGAGCUUUUGGUCAUUAGCUGUAAGCCAGCUUCAGAAGAUUCACCUGAGGAUAUUACCUGUCAGUCAGAAAUAGUUGCUGAGAGCCAGACAAGCGUUUCAGACCUUACAGGAAGGAGGGCCCACAGUGAGCAUCUGACCCCUAGUCACCACGACCCACAAAGCUCCUGUCACCAGGCCGCCUCUGAAUCAGAAAAGACAGAAAUCGUAGAAGAUGAAGCAUCCACUAGCUUUGGAGGUCUAGGUGAUGGCUUGUCACCUGGCGGAGAAGGUGUCCCCAGAUCAACAGUCAGGAAGAGCUGUUCUGUCACCAUAACCUCAGCUAAACUGUCUGAGCAGUUGCCCUGCACCUCAGGUGUCCAAGUUUCCCCUGAGCUUGCAGCAGGUGAUGAGGGUACCUGCAGUCAGCCUUCUGAGCAUGUGCAGAAUCCAGGCCCAGACAGGCUGGAGACCAGCAGUGUCUGCCCUGGAGCUGGGUUGCCCUUCAGUGGAUUGAACCAACCUAGCACACAGUCCUUGUCCACCCCCUCUGCCCUUCCACCAUUCAUCUUUCCUGCUGCAGAUGUUGACAGGAUUCUAGGUGCCGGCUUCACUCUGCAGGAAGCCCUCGGGGCUCUGCAUCGAGUUGGGGGGAAUGCAGACCUUGCCCUUCUUGUUUUGUUAGCAAAGAACAUUGUAGUCCCUACAUAAUUGUGGGAAGUGGACUAGGCCACACUUCAUUCCUUUUGAGAAAGCCCUUAUCACACACACACACACACACACACACACACACACACACACACACACACAAAAUAUAUGUGUAGAAAAUCUGCAAGCAAAAUGUUGAGCCAGAUUUUUUUUUCCCCCGGCCAAAGUAAUUUAUGAUCUUUUGUCUGAUGAAUUUGUCUAUUCUACUUGUUAAAAUUUGGGCCUUUUAAAUGUAUUGGCAGUGUGUGCAUACAAAAGCUUUUUAUUCUCAUUAAGAUGAUGUAUUCUGGAAUAAAACGGAUGGUUUUGUGUAUAGCAUACCAUUUUAGAAUGAGUGAGUGCUUUGACAGCAAGAGUCAGAGGAGCCUGCCAUCUGGAGCUAGGACAGAUGAGCGCUCGCUGUGCCUCUGGCUGUGCUGUGUGUAACAGAAGGAUGGAGAGGAUACUAGCUUCUAGAGUUGUAUGUUUUGAGGAGAAGAUAAUAACUUCUAGAGUUGUAUGUUUUGAUUUGUGUGCUCAGGGUUGAUAUUUAAAUAGGGUGAGUGGGAGGUUUUAAACCUUGGGCUGUCUUGUGCAUCAUAGACUGCUGACUGAUUGCCAGAUAUCUUCCUGACCAUGGGUGGGGUUUGGGGAAAUUCACAUUAGAGUGAAACUUGGUGCUACUUGUAUUUAAAAGGGAAGGGAAAAAACAAGAUCAUAAUUCCAUUUGUAAAUGUCAAGGACUGUGAGCUAAAGAUAAUGGCUUAGGCAAACACUGGUGUGUACUAGAGACCAUUGAGGAGUCUCACUGACACCCCGACCCUCACACUGAUCUUGGGCUGACCGCCUGGAGCCUGCUGGCUUCCUAAACUCAUCUGCUAGGAAGUUCUUCCGUGCUCAGUCGGAGCAGAGUGAGACGGAGCGCCAGGAGAGCCUUUGUCCCUCCUCUCAGUGCUUGGCAUGAUGAGUCUGUGAGCGUCCCUUAUGGCAGUGAAAAUACAAUGGAAGUUGUGACAGCAGAGGCCUUGGUACAGUCUUCAUCCCUUUCUUUCCUCAGGAGUUUCCUUCCUAAGCAGGAUCCAUGUUUGUUCAUCAAGUUGAGCUAGGGUGGGGCAGCUGUGUAGCUGUGUUUAUCGUGGCCUUCUUAGUGUGAGCUCUCGCCUUGCAAGUCGCUGACCUGUGGUCCCCACUGUGCAAUAAUCAAAGCUCCGGAGAGCUUUGGAAGCAUCCUUCCCUGGAACGGACACUGUCAUCUUAGGCGUCUGGCGGGAAUCUGGAAUCUUGCUUUUCUUGAAAAGGGUUUUGAGGAUAAUUCCUGGUUCCAGGUUGAGAGUUUGCAGUUUAUUAAAAUGAAAGUGUUAAAAUCAAAUUCUGAACUUAGCAUUAACUGAUUUUUGUCUAAGAGUCACUAUCCAUCUCUCUCUCUCAGCUUGGUUUUAUCCAUCAAAAUUGAAGUCAUUGAGCACAGAUAGUUCGUAUCUCAGGAGUUUUUGAAACUUUAGGGGCACUAACAGAUUUCUGUUCUUUGGUCUAGUUCUUUUUGCCAUGUUGUCUGAGACUCACUUCAGUGACACGGUGGCAAGUCACACCCAGUAUCAUGAUCCUUUCUGGAAUUAGGGAAUGGUUGCUGGCUGGUCUUGUGGUUCCCCGCUCUCCUUCUGGCCCGCAGAACAUCAGGCUAGCCGAGCUGACUUUGAGACAUUGUUUGUUUCGGAUGAGCACGGCCGGCUCCCACUUUUUGCCUGUUCUACACCAAAGAUAAAUGUGUGAUUAACUAGGAAGCCGCUCUCAGGAGUCUGUCACCACUUAGAGCAGUUCCUGAAGUAGGAGCAGGCAGUGGAGUGAAGCCUGGUAUCUGCUUGAGGGGGAGAGGGCGGGGAUGAAAGGUCACAAAUCUUUGGGGCCACAGGGUGGGGUGGAUAGAAGAAAGUACUGACAAUAGAGGCCUCCUAGAUGGCCUGUGUGAGCAGAAGAGAGUGGCAUGCCAAGUCAGCGGGGUGGCCACUGGCUGUACGAAGGCGAUGUGUGAGAACAGGGCAGCCCUAGCUGGGGCACAGAGUGCCAUCUGGAAAAGAUCUCAUUACAGUAGCUUUUAAUGUAUAUGCUUAUAUCUGAGUACAAGGCCAGCCAGAGCUACAUUAGUGAGACCCUGUCUUUUAAAAAGUAAAUUAAAAACAAAAACAAAAAACCAAUCUGUUGUCUGAAGUUUGGACAUUGGACGAAGUUAGGAAUUUGUUAGGAAUUGAUCGGCUUAAACUGAGCAAUUCUAGAACAGGACAUCAAGGGACGUCACGUUAGUGGUACUUCGGAGUCAGCUUUAGUUGCUCUAACAGUAAGAUCAUGUCGUCAUGAAACCUAGUGUUGAGCCUGUCAGAUCAUAGCUGUAACAGCAAGGGCAGCUCUUUCUCCAGACCAUUGUCAGGGGGUCUGUGGUGGCUGCUUUCCUCUGGCAGUGGUCUCCAUUUAUGCACCAAAGGAUUUUCUUGUAAUACACUCAAGCUGAAGGGCUGGAGGAAUGGCCCUUUGAUUCUGUGAAGGGCCAUUUCUAGAUGUAUCCAUUCCGCCCUCUGCAGCAGCCGACGCCCUUGUCUGGCGGACUGAGCUCCAGAUGUUGGCAGGUGAAGAUAAGAGGUGCUUGGCAAAGGACGCAUUAGUCGGUGGUCAGUGAUGUGGGAGGACCUCUGCCUGAAGCCUGCUCCCUCUGAUCAUCUCUAGAUGCAGGGUGGGAGGCACAGCCCAAGGUGUCCACCCAAAAUGCUUCUUCGGCAAAAGGGUGCCUAGGAAUGGCGUAGGGGACCUUUAUGACUAGCUUGUGUAGCAUCUGCCUGUUCGCCCCUCUCUACAGCUUUCUUUGUUUAGCUGAAGCCAUAAGAAUUUGUUUCAACUUCUCAGCUCAUGUCUAUAAAUAAAUACUAAGCUAUCUCAAAUAUAAGGUUAUUGAUAAAUAUUUUACAGAGGUUGAAAAGCUUUUAUGUCUACAGAGACCUGCACGUCUGGUGGCUUUUCUUCCUACUAUGUAUAUAAUAAACUGCCUUGCAAAAAGCAGUACAAGAGUGUCAAGGCAAAUUUUCUUUUUUGUUUUGUUUCUUUUUUCUUUCUUUUUUUGGGGGGGGGGGGAGGGGGAGAUAGGAUCUCGCCAUAGCCCAGGAAGACCUCAAACUCAUGGCAAUUUCCCUGCCUCAGCCUUUAGAAUUCUAGGAUUAUAAGUGCACACAACUAUGCCCAGCUCACCCAGGGCAUUCCAGUUAUCUGUGGCUGAACCGUCUGGUGUGUAACUAGCAGUGUCACAGGGAUGAGGAGCGUGGAUCGGUGCACCUCUGGCGUAGCGUGUGAGGUCUUGGGUUUGAUCCGAAAAAUAAAGAGUAGAAGGCAGUCUCGGAUUUAAUAAAGUCUGUGGCCGAUUAGAACCGUGUACUUUCCCUCUCUCAGUAGUUACCAUAAAGCAUUUGGUGUUCCCUGCAUCCCCCCUGGGCUGGCACUGAGCCCUGUGAAUUACCCGACUCCCUGAGUGUUGGUAGAGCCGCAGUGAGGACUGUGGGGUGAGCCUUUGAUGUACUUGCUUUUCUUUCGUGCCUUAAUUUCUUUGAAUAGCAGAAGCAUCACAUCUUGAGUAUCGGGGAAAGGUUAGAGGGCGGCCCUCCUGGAGAGGACUGCCACCCACCCGGUGUGGUCCUUGGCUCCUUACCACUUUGAUUCACUCUUACAUUCACUCUUACCUGCUUCAGACAUUAAGUUUCCCCUGGAUAGGAGUCUCUGCAUCCUGUAUACCAAAAAUGGUUUCUAGAUGUUUCUUAGGUUUUCCGUUGCACCUUUUGUGCUGUGAUAGGGAGAGAGCGAGUCUUACGUUCUUAAUAGGAAGUUAGCUCCUCCCAUCAAAGCUAUGCAGUAUGAGCAAGAGUUCCUCGUUUGUUCAUCAAACAUGGCGUGCCCCUGAAGCAGUUCAGCAGCAGCAGCAGCAGCAAAGCCAGACAGGAGCCUGGCGUUCCAGGCCUUGUAGGGAGGUGUGGGGUGAGUUUUAUCUGAAAUCUGUUUUUAACCUAGUAGCAUGCUACUCCACCCCCACCCCAGCAUGCUUUUGUUUUUGAGGAGAUUUCUUACAGCCCAAGCUGGCCUUGAACUAGCAAUCCUAAAGUUACAGACACACUCCAUAAUGUCUGGGUAGCGUGCUUUCAUUUUUAAACUUAAGUCAUUUGGUUGCAGUUUAGAAGUGACUAGGAAAAAAUCAAGCCCAUGAUGGAAUUCAACACUGUAAACCUAGAGUUAUACUCUAAAGUGUUUAGUCUUACUUUAGUUUUGUUUUAAACAAUUGGGGGCUGGUGUGGUGGCACGCAGCUUUAAGCUCUAAGUGCAAGGCCAGUUGCACAGAAAGGAACUGUAAAUAAAAAUAAAAAGUUUGAGGAUGUAGGGGAAUAGCACGGUGGUAGGCAGAACGCUUGCCUAGCUGCAGAAAACCCUCAGUCCGGUCCCCAGCACUGGGUAAGCUAGACAGACAGGAUCAGAAGUUCAAGGUCACCCUUAGCUACAUAGUGAGUUUCAGGUCAGCUUGGGUGACAUGAGACCUUGUCUCCAAAAGAGUGUGUGGAGGGCUCCCCGUGUAGCUCGGUGGUAGAACAUCAGCCUGACAUGUAUCAGGCCCUGAGUUUGACCCCCAACACUGCACAGGAAGAAAGAAAAAAACAAAAAAUGUAGUAGAAAUGACUGAGAAGAUGCAGGCGAGUUGAUGUGUACAGCUGUGGACUGGAAAGGGGCAGGCAGGAUAUCCAGGUGGAGGAAGAGGAGGGAGGGCUGUUUCCCUUCAGGACACAGGGCAGCAUGCAGCACUAGGAUACGUGAGCGUGUCCCCUCCAUCCUCCAGGGAGCAGAACUCAGCCGAGGCCUCUGCAGCCUGUGGACAGAAUCCAGAGCAGAAGCGAUAGAUGGAGGUGGGCAGACAGGAUGGCAUUACAGAACGCUGCCAGCUCCACAAGACAUUAUUCAGUACUCCAUUCAAGACAGCAAUGUAUGAGCUUUACAGUUAGGAAAUAUCAGAAAAGUUGAUCAGUAAUUGGACUUGGGGGUCGGGCUUGUGGAGUGGGGGAGGGGCUGCUAAAUUUUAGGACACCAUCUAGAACAAAUUUACCAAGAAAAAAAUGGCUCAACACGGGAGUGUAUCUGCAAAGCUUAAACCCCAAAUCUGGAGAAGGCAUGGAGGAACAUGAGAUCAGAUUGCUUCUUACAGAAUUCUGUCUUGAGUAAGCAACUAAAGGAGGUUUUGAUUGGCUAACUUGGGGAGGGGGGGGGAUUUCCCCUUCUGCCCCUUCAGGUGAUGGGCAGUGAUUGUACUUAGAGUUUAGUUGCCUGAAACCUGCAAACUUGAAUGAGUGUGUCUGUGACCUGCAGAAUAGACCAGUGUUCCUACCGGAGCCAGCCCGGUGUGUGUCCACAGGUUCCUUGAGCAGUCCUUACAACCCGGAAGACGUGGCCUCAUACUCUUCCACCCAAGUACUAAGGCUGGCAUUCUCUCCUGCAUCCCCUGGGCCUCCGUUCAUUCUGUGUUGAGUGAGUCUCCUUACAUGCACCUUCCAUGGGAAACUAGUAGUGCAUUUUUAUCCAAAUCUCUCCACGGCAAGCUGGGCCUGGCGGCUUCAACCCCCAUAAAGGCUUCAACCCCCAGUAAAGGUUCCCUGGCUUUCUAACCACAGCUGGCAGGUUGUAACUAGGACACCCUCCCUCUGUGGCUUCCUGCAGUUGCCUGGGUGUCAUGAGAUAUUCUGGCUUUUCUUUAAGCUUUGAUACUACUGCAUCUUUUGAGAUCUAGUCUGGUUAGCAAAAAUCUGCUUGCCAGAGGCCCACCCAGCCAUGCCCAGAUGCUUGGAGAGUCGGGGAAACAGAACUGAGAGCCUCGCUCAGGAAUCCCGACGUCAGUUGCUGCUUGUACUGGUUAGGACUCUCUGCAGCUGAACGCACUAGAUGCCUUUGAGUUCGAUUUUGUUUUGUUUUGUUUUUUGUCAUACUUUGAAAUGUAAGUCAGCCCUGAAUAAUCCAAACACUUUAUUUUAUUUUUCUUCUUUAAUAGGAACUUUCUGAAGAAACCGUGAUGUGUAAAACCUUUGAUAUUUAAGACAAUAAAGUUUUUAUCCUAA